AUUUAGACUCUCAGCUCUUGGGGUGCAGGAGAGAGACAGAGAGCAAGAAAGAGAGAGUUGGGUAGAAACAGAAAGGAGUUUGAAAGAGAGAAAAAAGGUUUUUUUUCAAAACGUUUUUGCCCGGUUGCAAGAUUGUGUCCGUUUGGUGCGGUCACCACCGCGUCUGGAUGAGGGAGAAGUGAACAUAGAGCACCGGAGACUGAUCAAUAAUUAAAAAAAAAAGUUUGCAUAAAACCACAGAAGCGAAGAACUUUGAUUUUUUUUUUCCAGCGUGUGAAGGCUGGACAAAAUGGGGACGAGGAGCGGUUUAGAGGGUGUUUCUGGACUGAUUAUCUCCCUAGUAUUAAUAUCGCAGCUUAUACACGUGGCCCAUGGAUCAAAGGUCUGGGGAGAGGCAGCUCUACCUGAGGACAUGGAGUUCCAUGCAGGCGGCAGACGGUGGGAGAAGUAUUUGGUCGAAUCAGACGAUGAGGACUUUGCUGCAGAUGAAGCUUCCGGAGAUCUCGGCAGCGGUGAGGAUGGAAGCACACCUCAACCCACUCCUGUCCCCACGUUAGUGCCAUCAACAAUAUACUACAGAGCCCUUGUGAACUUCACCAAAUCGCUACGCUAUGGACCGCAGCUGGAAGACAUUUACUCUGAAGAGUUUCAGGAUAUAUCAGACGCUGUCGUUGAUACGCUUGAAUCUGAGUAUAGCAAGAUCCCUGGAAAUCAGGAUGUCAGUGUGGUGCUAAUCAAGCUGAUCGAUGGGUAUGAGUUUGUGGAGCUGGAUGUGGGUUCGGAUUUCAACAGCGACGAGGCGCUGAUCCGCAGCGUGCUGUACUCCGUCGUUGAAGAGGGGUCCGUCGGCUCUUAUAGCACUUCCGUGGAGGGCUUUCAGUUCAGACGUCUCGGAGUAGCACAAACCCCACCACCCCCGGAAACAAUGGAGUUCGUAGUGAUCCCAAAACCCCGCCAGUGUAUGUCGGACGAGUUCACCUGCGGGGAUGGUGAGUGUGUCCUCCUGGAAUAUCGCUGUGACAACCGAGCAGACUGCCGGGACAUGUCGGACGAGACUGGCUGUGAUUUACAAACACUUGCACCCCCAGUCAAACCUACACCCCCAGUUAUCCCCACGACAACUGUGCGGCCAGCGACCACCCCUCGGCCCCCGCCUCCUCGCACCACGCCGAGAAAAGGCCUCCCUGGUCCCAUGAAACCCACCCCGGGCAGACCCUGUCGAGUGGAUGAAGCCGUGUGCCAGAGUGGUCAGUGCAUCCUCAGAGACUACCUCUGUGAUGGGGAGAGGGACUGUGGAGACGGGAGCGACGAGCUCAACUGUGGCACUCCCUCCCCCUGUGAGCCCAAUGAGUUUAAAUGCCGCAAUGGCAGGUGUGCUCUGAAGCUGUGGCGCUGUGAUGGGGACAAUGACUGUGGAGACAACUCUGAUGAGGAGUACUGCCCCACCAAGGGUCCAGAUGACACUUGCGCCCCAGAUCAGUUCAUCUGCGUUACCGAUCGAGUCUGUAUCCCAGCCAGCUACCAGUGUGAUGAGGAGGCAGACUGCUCAGAUAGGUCUGAUGAGUAUGGCUGCACCCCUCCUCAGGUGACUAGCCCCCCUGAAGAGACCAUCAUGGCAGUCCGUGGUGAGACGGUGACCUUUUCCUGUUCAGCAGUUGGAGUCCCCACCCCCAUUAUCACCUGGAGGCUCAACUGGGGGCACAUUCCUGCCAGUGCGAGAAUUACGAUGAGCAGUAAGAAUGGACAAGGAACUCUGGUGAUUCGUGAUGUGAAGGAUGCCGACCAGGGGGCCUAUACUUGUGAGGCUAUCAAUGCCAAGGGGAUGGUGUUUGGCAUUCCUGAUGGAGUGCUUAUGAUCGAGCAAGGCCCUUGUCCCGUCGGUCACUUCAACGUCGAGUCCAACUCUCGCUGCAUCUCUUGCUUCUGCUUUGGCAUCACCAAGAGUUGCCAGAGCACCCGUCGCUAUAGAAACCAAAUCCGGCUGCGCUUCACUGAGGAAGAUGACUUUAAAGGGGUCAAUGUUUCUCUGCCCUCUAAGCCUGUGAGCCCACCCCUGACCAACUCUCAAAUCCUUAUCAACCCAGAGAUGGAGGAGUUCCAGUUGUUAGACCUGUCCAGGCGUUUCCUUAAUCUUGAGUCCUUCUGGACUCUGCCUAACCAGUUCCUGGGAAACAAGAUCGACUCGUAUGGUGGGACUCUGAAAUACAAGGUGCGUUACACACUGGCCAGGGGGCAGACCGAACCAGAGGACAGGCCGGACGUGGUGAUCGUGGGCAAUGGGCAGAAGCUCAUCUACCGUAGGAGGAAACCCACCUCACCCAACGUGGUGAACCAGCAGGAGAUCCAGUUCACUGAGGAAAACUGGGAGCAUGAAUCCGGAGCCUCUGUAUCCCGAGGGGACCUCAUGAUGACGCUGGUGAACCUCGAAGACAUCAACAUCCGCACUGUGUACGACAGCAAGAUGGUGAGCGUGGGCCUGAGCGACAUCAUCAUGGAUACCACCACAGUGGAGUACACCAACCAGGGCCCAGCCCUGUCUGUGGAGGAGUGCAGAUGCCCCCCUGGUUACACGGGCCUGUCCUGUGAGCGCUGCGCUGCAGAUUUCGAGCGUGUUUCAGGUGGUGAUUUCCUGGGCUUCUGUGCAGGCUGCAACUGUAAUGGACACGCCAGCACCUGCGACCCAGUCGGUGGACGCUGCCUGAGCUGCCAGCAUAACACAGAGGGGCCUCAGUGUGAUAAGUGUCGGCCAGGCUUCUUUGGAGACCCAACGAGGGGUCGUCCAGACGACUGCAAGCCCUGCCCCUGUCCGUAUACCGAAACAACACGCCGGUUUUCUGCCACUUGUUUCCUGGAUACUGAUGGACUAGCAACUUGCGAUGCCUGUUCCGAGGGCUACACUGGGCGCCGCUGUGAAAAGUGUGCUGCUGGUUAUGAUGGCAACCCACUGCAACCAGGAGGCAAAUGUAUUCCUUCAAACAGCCUUUCCAAGUGUGAUACCAGGGGUACUGUGUCACCAACAAAUAGGCAGUGUCUCUGUAAGCCCAAUGUUGUCGGUACCCUGUGUGACGAAUGCAAGACUGGCUCCUUCCAUCUGAGUCAGGAUAACCCUGACGGAUGCCUCCAGUGUUUCUGUAUGGGAGUCACCAAGCAGUGUGCCAGUUCCUCCUGGAACAGAGAGCAGGUGCGUGCUGCUCACAACGGGCAGGAGUUCUCCCUGUCCAACUCGGCUAACACCAGGACCAUCAGCGAAGGCAUCAUUCUCCAAAGCUCUUCAGAGCUGACUUUCAGGUCGUUCUCAGAACACCCCACUGAUGUGUACUACUGGGUCCUUCCAGAACGCUUCAGAGGAGACAAGGUUACUUCUUAUGGAGGGGAGCUCCAGUACACUGUGCUGUAUAACCCCAGGCCUGGCUCCCCCACAGUCCAGGGCAAGCCCGACGUCACCCUGCAAGGAAACGGCAUCUUCCUGGAACACUUCUCUGACGUCACCCCCAUUCCCGGGGUCCCAACCACCAUCACUGUGCCCUUCAGAGAGUCGGCCUGGCGGCGUUCUGACGGCCAGCCCAGUACCCGUGAGCAUCUACUGAUGGCUCUGGCAGACACCAGCCUCUUCAUGAUCAGGGCUACGCAUGCUGAAAGGAUGACCGAGUCCAGCAUUUCAAAUAUCCAUAUGGACGUUGCCGUGCCCUACCCCACUGGGCAGGAGAGAGCAGCACAGGUGGAGGAGUGUGCCUGCCCGCCUGGCUACCGUGGACCCUCCUGCCAGGACUGUGAUGUUGGGUACGUGCGCACAGGAAGUGGUCUGUACCUGGGUACUUGCGAGAGGUGUAACUGUAACGGACAUUCCAGCGAGUGUGACUUGGAGACUGGAGAGUGCCAGCAAUGUCAACACAACACAGCUGGGCCUCACUGUGAGAUCUGUAAACCUGGUUUCUAUGGCGACCCCAAAGAUGGAUCCCCAGAAGCCUGCAGGCCUUGUCCAUGUCCUGGGACCUCCCACUCAACACAGUUCUCUUUGACCUGCUUUUUGGAUACAGAUGGCCAGCCAACCUGUGACAACUGCCCAGCCAGCUACACUGGUCGACGCUGCGAGAGGUGUGCUGCAGGAUACUCUGGGAACCCACUCCUGGGACGGUCGUGCAGCAGGAACGGGAAUAACAAUGGGAACGAUUGCCGUUGUGACCCCAGAGGAAGGGCCAGUGACAGAUGUGAUGCCAAUGGGCAAUGCCUCUGCAAGAUGCACACGGAGGGCCCUACCUGCAGUAGCUGCAAACGUGGGCACUUCCACCUGAGUGCUGCUCUGCAGGAGGGCUGCCUGCCCUGCUUCUGUAUGGGAGUGACUCAGCAAUGCGUCAGCUCCUCUUACUACAGAGACCUGAUUUCCACCUCGUUUUCUCCCGGAAACUUCCAGAACUUUGCCCUGGUGAACCGGCAACGCAGCACACGCAUCGUUACUGGAUUCUCAGUGGAAGUCGCCACUGACGGCGCUCAGCUGUCACACAGCCGCUUCGGACAGCUGGGCCAGGAGGCGUUGUUUUGGCAACUUCCAGAGAACCUCCAAGGAGACAAGAGGGAGGCUUUCUUUGCCCGUAUGAGGCGAGCACACAAGAAAGAUUCAGCUUUGACUGAGGAGCAACUGAGGAAGGAUGCGGCCGUGUGGAAUUUCAUGGACUCCGUUGGCUCCAUGGGAGAAGCUCAUUCAAGGUCAAGGCGGUCCCUUAAGUCCCUGUCCAAAUUGGAGGAGAUAAAGCAGCUUGACGAUCAGAUAUGGGCGCUCAUCUCCAACUUUUCAUCCAGCCAACCCACCUCCUCUUCCUCCAGCCCUCAGCCGCUGGCCCCAGCUGAGAGCAGAGCUUUCUCUCGGCCCGUCUUCAUGGCUCCUGCUGGCCCUCCAACCCCCCUGCUUCCCCGUGCUACCGCCCCCUCUGCUCCUUCUCCUCCAUCUGGCUUCUCUUUCUCUGCCAGAGCUCCUCUGCCGCCCUCUCCUCUCAAUGCACCUCCUGGCUUCGCUUCCAGGCUCAUAGAGACUGAGACAUAUCGGCAGGGUUUACCAGCACCUCAGGAACAAAGGCAGCAGUCCACAAACCUUAUCCCAGGCCUCCCUCUGUACCCCAGAGGCCCAAGGCCUGUCGACAAUGACAAGUAUGCUUUGGUCUACAAGGGUCUCAGCUUGCUUCCUGAUGGCCUCUUCUACUGGCAGCUCCCACAGCACUUCAAAGGGGAUAAGAUUGGAUCCUACGGUGGCCGCCUCCGGUACACUCUCUCCUACAACGCUGGGGCGAGGGGAUCUCCAGUCCCUGAUGCUGAUGUGCAGAUCAUUGGUAAUGACAUCACUCUGGUUUCCUACCACCCCGAACAGCUGAGGCCCCGGGAGAGGAAGACCUUUGAAGUCAUUUUCAGAGAGCAAUACUGGAAGCGUCCGGAUGGAAUGCAGGCGACCCGGGAACACCUGAUGAUGGUCCUGGCUGACCUGGAUGAGAUCCUGGUCCGAGCCUCCUACUCCACUGACAUGCUGUCCACCAGCAUCUCUGGGGUCAGCAUGGAGGUGGCUGUGCCCACUUCCACCAGCUUGCCCCAGGCCCUGGAGGUGGAGCAGUGUGGCUGCCUGCCUGGCUACCAGGGGCUGUCCUGCCAGGAUUGUGCUCCGGGCUACACCAGGACUGGAGGAGGGCUCUACCUGGGGCACUGUGAACUCUGUGACUGUAAUGGACACUCUGACUCCUGCCACCCAGAGACCGGUGUUUGUACGAACUGUCUGCACAACACAUUUGGGCAGACGUGUGAACAGUGCGCUUCUGGUUUCUAUGGCGACCCAACAGCCGGGACUCCAGAGGACUGCCAGCGCUGUGCGUGCCCGCUGCCGGAUCCAGAGAGCCAGUUCUCCCCUACCUGUGAGAGUCAGGGCUCUGGGUACAGAUGCACGGCCUGUCAGCCUGGCUACACUGGGCAGUAUUGUGAACGAUGCGCUACUGGGUACGCGGGUAAACCUCUCGAAGGGACAAAGUGUCGCCCAUUCAACCCCUCGCCCCUGGUAGUCCACGUAUAUCCGGAGAGGACAGUCGUCUCCCAGGACAGUGAUGUCACCCUGCGAUGCCAAGUCACUGGAACUCCGCCCCAUUACUUCUAUUGGACAAGAACAGAUGGGCGUGCCUUGCCAAGCAGCGCUCAAACACAGCGAGACGGUAAAGAGCUGCAUUUCUCCCGUAUUCAGCCCAGUGAUGCCGGGGUCUAUGUCUGUACCUGCAGGGAUCUGCGCAAUGCCAACACCAGCCGAGCUGAGAUCAUAGUGACUGCUGCUCCCUCCAAAGCCAUUGAAGUGACGGUAGAGGAACCCAAAGAGCAGAGUGUGAGCCCUGGGUCUACUGUCAGCUUCAUCUGCACUGCUCGGAGCAAGUCUCCAGCUUAUACUCUGGUCUGGACCCGACAAAACAAUGGCAAGCUUCCGGACCGGGCUAUGGACUUCAAUGGCAUCUUGACCAUCCACAAUGUGCAGCCGGAGGAUGCAGGCAUCUAUGUGUGCACAGGCUCCAACAUGUUUGACAUGGACGAGGGCACUGCACUCCUCUACGUAGCAGCUGCCUCACAGACACAGAUGUUUUACCAAGCCUAUGAAAUGUUAGAAGGGCAUAGAGCGCCUGUUGCAGAGGUCCAGCCCGUAGCGACCAUCGCCCCCCCAGUCCUGACCGUCCAGCAGGGCCAACGCGCAGAGUUCCGCUGUACAGUCACUGGAAACCCUCAGCCUGCGAUUGAGUGGUUCGGGGGCCAGGGCAACAGGAUCUCUCCCAAUGCAAUUAUCCAAGGAGGUGUCCUCCAGAUCCCUGCAGUAGAGCGCUCAGACGAGGCAGAGUACAUCUGCAGAGCGCUCAAUAUCCACGGAGAGCACUCAGCCAGGGCUGUACUAUACGUGCACAGUGCCAGUUUGCCUCACGUCCAGGUGAGCCCCCAGCGCAUAGAAGUCAGUGAGGGGGAGCCAGUGAGACUGUACUGCCGGGCCGGAGGAACCCCCAGCCCAGCUCUGACCUGGAAGAAGCUGGAUGGAGAGCUGCCAAAACAGGCUCGCAUGGAAAGGACCGACAUAGGGACCCUGGUGAUCCCCUCCGCUAAAGCCUCCGAUGCUGGGGUGUAUCUGUGUGUCGGCACCAACAGCAUUGGGUCUUCUGAAGGGCGAAUUGAAGUCUCUGUCGAAAGUGUUGCUGUUGCUCCAUUCUCAGUCACAAUCCAGCCAUCCCCAGCUUCAGUGCAAGAGGGCAAAUCGCUAGACUUGAAGUGCAUUGUGAGAGGAGCUCCUGCACCCAGCAUCACCUGGCACAGGUCAGGAGGACCCCUCGCCUCCAAUCACCAGGUGGUGGGCCCGCAGUUACGGAUCCUCCAGGCUACGUCUGCCGAUUCUGGGAUCUACAUCUGCCGGGCCAGCAGCAUUUCCGGAGUCCAGCAAGCCACUGUCUCUCUGUCCAUCACGGCCACCUCUUCCCGUCAGCAGACCCCCAUCAUCUCCAUUGAACCUCACAGUGCUUCAGUUAUUCAAGGACAGUCUGCCAGCUUCAGGUGCCGGGUCUACAGCGGGGCUCAGCCAAUCAGAAUCGAGUGGAAGAUGGCAAACAACCAACCACUGCUGGACAAUGUGAAGAUGACUCAAGAUGGCUCCGUGAUCACAAUCAGCAACUCUCACCAUGGCAACCAGGGUGCUUACCGCUGUGUGGCCAGCAACCCCUUUGGAAUAACACACAGCAUCGUCUCCUUGUUGGUGCAAGCCCCCCCCACUGUGUCGGUGACCCCCCAGGGCCCUGUCCGGGUGAAAGUGGGUGAGCCCAUCAACCUGGAGUGCCUUGGCAUGGGCGAGCCUCGCCCGGCAGUGAGCUGGCGCAGAGUGGACAGCACACAGAGAGUGGUUCUGCAGAGCCCUGUGCCAAUGGACAGCAAUGCAGUGAUGCAGGUUCUAGCAGCCCGGCCAGAAGAUGCAGGUACCUACACCUGUGUGGCAAGGAACCCACUGGGCUCUGCUCAGAAGCAGGUGGAGGUGGUUGUGGAGGGUGGGUCUGUGGUCCCCACCAUCCCGAGGGUGUCUGUCUCGGAGCCCAUGGUAAUCGCAGUGGAGCGAGGGACCACCACACUGCGCUGCACAGCCACUGGUUACCCAAUCCCGACUAUCACGUGGUCCAAACUGAGAGCCCCUUUGCCUUGGCAGCACAAAGUGGUCAACAACAGCCUUGUCAUCCCCAAUCUGGGCCGGCAGGAUUCGGGGCAGUACAUCUGCAACGCCACUAACACCGCUGGUACCUCCGAAAUAACCAUCAUGCUGGACGUGGAGAGCCCCCCUUACGCCACAUUGCUCCCCGACGAUCUCAUUGUGAGGGUGGGUGAGGUGAUCAGGCUGCAGUGCCUGGCCCACGGGACACAUCCUCUCCAGUACCAGUGGUCCAAGGUGAACGGCACCCUCCCCACCAGGGCAGAGGUGCAGGAAGGAACCCUCCAGAUCAACCUGGCCACUGCAGCAGACUCAGGAACCUAUAAGUGUGUGGUCAAAAACAAUGUGGGCACCAGCGAUGCCCUGGCCAAAGUGAAUGUCAAAUCCCCCCCCUCUGUGUUGGCAGCCCCCCCCACUGUGUCGGUGACCCCCCAGGGCCCUGUCCGGGUGAAAGUGGGCGAGCCCAUCAACCUGGAGUGCCUUAGCACGGGCGAGCCUCGCCCGGCAGUGAGCUGGCGCAGAGUGGACAGCACACAGAGAGUGGUUCUGCAGAGCCCUGUGCCAAUGGACAGCAAUGCAGUGAUGCAGGUUCUAGCAGCCCGGCCAGAAGAUGCAGGUACCUACACCUGUGUGGCAAGGAACCCACUGGGCUCUGCUCAGAAGCAGGUGGAGGUGGUUGUGGAGGGUGGGUCUGUGGUCCCCACCAUCCCGAGGGUGUCUGUCUCGGAGCCCAUGGUAAUCGCAGUGGAGCGAGGGACCACCACACUGCGCUGCACAGCCACUGGUUACCCAAUCCCGACUAUCACGUGGUCCAAACUGAGAGCCCCUUUGCCUUGGCAACACAAAGUGGUCAACAACAGCCUUGUCAUCCCCAAUCUGGGCCAGCAGGACUCGGGGCAGUACAUCUGCAACGCCACUAACACCGCUGGUACCUCCGAAAUAACCAUCAUGCUGGACGUGGAGAGCCCCCCUUACGCCACAUUGCUCCCCGACGAUCUCAUUGUGAGGGUGGGCGAGGUUAUCAGGCUGCAGUGCCUGGCCCACGGGACACAUCCUCUCCAGUACCGGUGGUCCAAGGUGAACGGCACCCUCCCCACCAGGGCAGAGGUGCAGGAAGGAACCCUCCAGAUCAACCUGGCCACUGCAGCAGACUCGGGAACCUAUAAGUGUGUGGUCAAAAACAAUGUGGGCACCAGCGAUGCCCUGGCCAAAGUGAAUGUUAGAUCUCCCCUGUCAGUGCGGGUGUCCCCACAGCUUGAGGUGAAGGGGCGUGGCAGCACUGUGGAAUUCACUUGCUCGGCCACAGGUGGCGCCAAAACCAAAAUUGAGUGGCUGAAGGAGGGCGGCAGUCUCCCGCCAAAUCACCACAUCGACAACGGAGUGUUGAGGAUUGAGAACCUGGAGCAGGGUAAUGAAGGUAUCUAUGUCUGCAGAGCCACCAAUAUGUUUGGCCAGGCCCAGGACAGCGGCAAGCUUACCGUACAAGCUCUUCCGAAGGUGAUGAUCAACGUGCGGACCUCAGUUCAGACUGUCAUGGUGGGGAACCAGGUGGAGUUUGAGUGCCAGGCCAUUGGGGAUCCCCAGCCCACUGUCACCUGGAGCAAGGUGAACGGGAAACUGCCCUCCCACAUCAUCGUCCAAGGGGGGAUGCUGAAGAUCGAGCAGGUCAAGGAGGCCGACGCAGGGCUCUACCGCUGCACCGCCACCAAUACGGUGGGCUCAGUCCAGUCAGAGGUCGUCCUGAAUGUUCAGUCCAUUCCUCAGAUUGCUGCACAGCCUAAAGUGAAGGAGGUCACUGUGGGGUCAGCUGCAGUCUUCCCAUGCAUGGCUUCAGGAUACCCGGCUCCAGAUAUCAAAUGGACAAAGAUGGAAGGAAACCUCCCGCAGAGUGCUCGAGUGGAAGACCAUGUUCUGACAAUUCCGUCGGUGACCCCAGAGCAUUCUGGGACCUACAUCUGCACAGCCUCCAACAAACAAGGCAAAGUGCAGGCCUUCUCCCUGCUCACAGUAAGAGAACGCGUGGUGCCAUAUUUUACCCAGACUCCUCUGUCGUACCUCACGCUGCCCACCAUUAAGAAUGCAUACAAGACGUUCAACAUCAAAAUAACCUUCAGACCAGACACAGCUGAUGGUCUCAUUCUGUAUGCUGGUAUGAUCAUCUAUAAUGGGCAGAAAAAGACGACCGGCGCAGACUUCAUUUCCUUUGGGCUUGUGGGCGGCCGGCCUGAAUUCAGGUUUGAUGUGGGCUCAGGCAUGGCUACAAUCCGCUACCCAACUACCAUUAAACUGGGAGAGUUCCACACGGUGGUGCUGUACCGCAAUCAGACCCAGGGAGCUAUUGUAGUGGACGAUCAGGCUCCCGUCAACGGCAGCUCUCAGGGUAAAUUCCAAGGCCUCGACCUGAACGAGGAGCUCCAUGUGGGUGGCUACCCCAACUUUGCUGUCAUUUCUAAAACCACAGGGCUCAACAGUGGAUUUGUUGGUUGUAUCCGGCAGCUGAUCAUCCAAGGUGAUGAGGUGAUCUUCAAAGACCUGGACCAGAACUCCACAGGCAUCUCCGACUGCCCUACCUGCACAGAUCAGCCAUGCCAGAACGGAGGUGUAUGUGAGGACUCUGAGACCAGCAGUUACAUCUGUGAUUGUCCCAUAGGAUUCACUGGAAGCAACUGUGAACAUUACUCAGCAUUGCACUGCCACCCAGAGGCCUGUGGACCAGAUGCCACCUGCAUCAACAGGCACAGUGGACUGGGUUACGAUUGCAGGUGCCAUCUGGGCAAGUCAGGAGACAAGUGUAUGAAGGGUGUCUUGGUGACUUCCCCCUCCUUUAACGGAGAAGACUCGUAUAUCUCUUAUCCUCCCAUGACCGUCGUUCACAAUGACCUGCGAAUGGACCUGGAGUUCAAACCCCUCGACUCCGAUGGGCUGCUGUUCUUCAGCGGGGGAAAGAAGAUGAAGGUGGAGGAUUUUGUCUCCUUGGCAAUGGUGGACGGGCACGUGGAGUUCCGCUUCGAGUUGGGAACAGGCAUGGCUGUGCUGCGCAGUCCCCAGCCGGUAGCACUGGGCAGGUGGCACCGCAUCAUGGCCGAACGCAGUAGCAAAGAUGGCACGCUGCGGGUGGACCACCAGCAAGAGAUCAAGAGGUCGUCCCCUGGGAAAGCUCAGGGUCUGAACAUCUACACCCCAAUGUACCUGGGUGGGGUCCCCAACAUGGCAAUCCUGCCCGAACCUGCCAACAUCAGCCGUCUGUUCCACGGGUGCAUUGGAGAGCUGUCCAUCAAUGGGAAGAAGGUGGACGUCUCGUACAGCUUCACUGACAGCAGAAACAUUGCGCAGUGCUAUGACGAGAGCCCCUGUGACCGCAUGCCCUGUCUCCAUGGGGGCUCAUGCCUGCUCACAGGAGAAUUCGAGUACCAGUGCAUCUGCCGGGGCGGAUAUGAAGGGGAUCGCUGUGAGGUCUUCCAGGACAUGUGUCUGUCAGGAAAUCCCUGCAAGAAUGGAGGAAGCUGCAGCAAAAACCAGUGUGUGUGUCCUCUGGGAUUUACUGGGCAGUUCUGUGAAAAAGGACUGACUGACAUGGAACCAGAUUGGCAUGUGGAGGGUAGCGGGGGGAAUGAUUCUCCCGUUCAGUACUCUGCGUAUUUCCACGAUGAUGGCUACGUGGCCUUACCCAAGCCAAUGUUCCCAAGAAGCUCGCCAGAGGCUCCUGAAACCAUUGCGCUGGAGGUGCACACCAUGUCGGCGGAUGGGCUGAUACUGUGGCAGGGAGUGGACCCCAGUGGUGCAUCCCUCCCGCUGCAUGAUUUUAAUGAGGAGCUGGGAGAAGAUGGAAAAAGCAAGGACUUUGUGAGCCUGGGUUUACAAGAUGGACAUCUGGUCUUCGGCUACCAGCUGGGCAGUGGUGAAGCUAGAAUUGUGUCCGAAGAUCCGAUUAAUGAUGGAGACUGGCACAAGAUAACUGCAGUGCGGGCUGGGAGAGUAGGUUCAAUCCAAAUCGAUGGAGACGACAUUGUGACAGGAGAGUCGGGGGGAACCAAGGUCAUGGUCAACACCAAAGGCAACAUCUACCUAGGUGGGGCUCCAGAUAUCUUCACGCUCACUGGAGGGAAAUUCUCCUCCGGUAUCACAGGUUGCAUAAGGAACGUAAUGUUAAUGAACGCCAGACCAGGAGACCAGCCACAGCAUCCCAUUGAUCUUCAGGUUCAUGCUGAGGAAGGCGUUCACGUGGAGAAGUGCCCUUCGUAGACCAUUUACAAAGACAAAAGAGAGACUUUGGAGGAAGAAAAACACACGCAUAUACCAAAAAAACCCCAAAAAACGGUGCUUUGCUGCUACCAAAAAACUAAAGGAUUGUCUUGUUCUGUUAUAUGAAUACCAAAAAAAAAAAAAAAUGAACAAGAAGUCUUUUUGAAAUCCACCUCAGUGUUGUUUUCUGAAUGAAGGAUUAUAACAAACCUACGAUCCAGGUCGGGUUAUAUAUUAGCAACAGUAGCCAUAUAAGAGCAUCGCUGUAGCCCUUUGACAAUCCUAUGGAGUUUGAUAUGUUUUUACAGCACUGAUUUUUUUCUUUUCUUUUUUUGAAUAUUAAGGGGGGGUGACAAACUAACCCUGUUCUGCUAUUUUAAUUUCUAGAGCCUGGGUUCUCAUACAGUGUUGUAUGGCUUUGUGGCCUAGCUAUGUUAAUACUUGACAGCGUUUAUUUUCAGCUCCCCUCACGCAAUUGACUAUUACAUUUUGAGCCACUGUUACACCUGUAAAAUCAAAUCUCUUUGGAUCAUGACAAAACCUAAUAUAAUGGUGCUAAUUUUAGGGAAUUUAAUCCCCAAUCAAUUUUUUUUUUUUUAAAUGUAUUUCCUUUUGCUUGCCACGGCGACCCUGGAAAUUGAAUUUCAUACUUCAAGCACUUUUAUAAUACAAUAUAGGUCACCAAAACCAGAUAGUCGGGUUUGCGUUUCCAUACCAUCUCUGGGGUAUUAUUUUUGUGCGAGAGCCGAUUCCGAAAAGCUUUUUAAAAUGUUAUUUAGGUUCAUCGCACAACAAUUUUUAACAGAAGCUUUCUCUCGUCGUGUCGUGUAGAAUUUCCGUUGAAGACCUCAGGAGAGCCUCAUAAAACUGCCUCACAGGGACAUUGUCCCAUUUCAGGUCCACAUGAUGGUUUAGCUUAGGAAGAAUAUUAGGUUUUAGCACUUGUCAUGUUGAAUUGGCAGCUGGAUACCAAAGUCAAACAAGAACCUAUAAGUAAGUGUUAUUUACUAAGCAGUAGAAUUACAAAUAUGACAAAGUUAUUGCUGAGUUUGUGUUUGAUAAUGGUGCUCAAUGCCUUCUUUUGGUCCUGCCUGAGCAUAUUUGCCAGGGAUGGUUGACUCUGUUACUGUUGUGACAGGGGUUCACAAACAUGUCACUUUUAUAUACGUUAGGAUAUUGCAUUUUAAACUGGCGCUGUCAUUGCAUCUAACAUUGCGUUUCGUUUUAAAGCUUACAAUAGCCUCACCUCUAACAGUGCACAAUGCUCCUUUUUCAAUCAGAGCUUUUAAAAACUUCAAAAGUAAUCAAAACCUGAUUCAAACAUGAUUUUCUAGAAGAUUGGGAUUAAAAUAGUGAUUUAAAAGUGAGAGAAAAUGGGGCAUUGCAGCUUUCAAAUAACCUGUUUAGUUUAUUUUACGUUAUUUAAUGUACAUGUUGAAGAUCGUCGGGGCGUGUUUUAUAGAUAGAAGCCUGCUUUCUGGUUCCAGGCUGAUAACAUUUGCCCAUGAACUGGUGGGACCGAUUUCUGUGUGAUUCUGUCUGUUGGUUUACAUGGCACGUGAAAUCCUUUUAAAUCCCAAAGGCUAAACAACAAACAGUAACAAACACAACAAGGAACAUUUCGAAAAAAGAGCAUGCAAUCAGAUCGUGAAUUCUCUUUGCCACGUACAUGCUGCAUUCCGAACGUUCAUGGGCAGAGGUUUUAAUAUCGAAGCAUUUUCCUUGAUUAAUAAAUAUUGUUAGUAAUAAAGAGAACUAUGUUUGAAACAUGCCUAUCUAUUUUUAAUUUGAAAAAUAACACAGCAUCAUUGUGAACUAGUGAACAUGUUUUAAUUCGGGACAACACGAAAGGGAAAUAUCGGAAUCUUAUUGAACACAGUGAGUCAUGAGAGACUUGACGUAGGUGCCUAAUCUUCAGCUGUCUGAGACGUGAGUCCACUAUAUGCCAUCUCUAUUUAAAUAGACACGAUGUUAGCUCAACUGUUACAUUAGAUGGUGAAAAUUCCAUUAUGCAAACUCUCAUUGGGUUUUUAAUACAGUAGAAAAGGGUUUAUGUGAAAUGUAGAUAUGGCCAAGGAGGCAACGAAUCAAUAUUUUAAAUGAAUUGCUUUUAAGUAUAAGGAUUGGAUAUUCUUUUUAUGUUUUCAAAAGUAGUAGAGUACACUGCAGAGACAUUUUCGAUAGAAACUAGGAACUGGUGUCCUUUUAGUUUUAUACAACAGGAUCUGUUUUUAUUUUGAAUGCAUUAAUACAAAGUUUGGGGGCAAAUGUUACACUAGUGCAAGUGGAAGAACUAUUGGGCAGUUUUGUGCUUGAGAGCUUUUGGUCUGUUCGCUAGAAUUUGGGCAGUUGUCUUUUAAUUGCUGUAACCCAGAAAAAGCGCAAAAUUUGUGACCCUUUCCAAAUGUUGUUGUUUUAUUAAUUUUAGUUUUAUUCACUCUAGUUGCAGCUUUAAUACUACUGAAUUUCAUUGUGUUUUUUUUUUUUUUUUUUAUAGCCAACAUCUAUAGUUUUUAGCUUUUGUUUGAUAAUUAAAAUGGUAGUUUUAUUUUUUGGGUUUAAAUACUCAUGCUACUCCAUUCAGACAUGUGUAUCUUUGCUUUCAUUAAACUUCAUCGACCCGACACAGAAAGAGUUGUUGAAACACGCUUCUGUUUUUUUGUUUGUUCUUUGUCGAAUUGCACAGUUGUUUUGGUUCAAUGUGAUUUAAUAACAACCCCUUUUUUUUUAAAGCUCUGUGGUUGUUUAAUAACAACCACAGAGCUUUAAAACGUUUUUCAAUAUUUUGUUGUUUUAAUGUAUUAUGUACUCUAUUGAAUUUAAUCAUUUUUAUUAACUGUAUUUCUGGAUUAUUCUUUCUUCUUAAACACACAAUUACAACCCCUUUAAACUGUACAUGAAGUACAAUCUGGAGCAUGCCUGCUCACUAUUAAAAUCACACAACGGUAA